AUGACUGAUGUCAAGACCAAGACUGUAGCUCAGCUCAGGGCAGCUAAGGACAAGGAGCACCCGCCCCCACCACCAGCGGAAGUGGUCGAACCCCCCAGCGGAAACGACCCCAAUGGCGUCACCUACCAAGUUGGAAAGUUGCUCGGCAAGGGUGGUUUUGCCAUUUGCUAUUAUGGAACACACGCCGUGACGAGGCAAAAAUUUGCCCUCAAGGUUGUCAAGAGCCACAUGCCUCCCAAGAUGGAGCAAAAGUUCCAAACCGAACUUCAGAUCCACUCCAAGAUGAAGCACAAGAACGUCGUCCAAUUCCUACGAGCCUUCUCGCAAGAAAACUGCACUUAUCUGGUCCUGGAAUUGUGCCCGAAUGGUUCGCUGAUGGACAUGGUGAAGCGAAGGAAAGGCCUCACGGAGCCUGAAGUCCGUUUCUACUCUGUCCAGAUCACCGGCGCAAUCAAGUACAUGCACAACAAGGGCAUCAUCCACCGCGACUUGAAGAUGGGAAACAUCUUUCUCGACUCAAGGAUGAACGCCAAGAUUGGCGACUUUGGUCUGGCGGCAUUGUUGGUGACCGGCAGAGAUAUGCACACGAUUCGACGAACGACGCUCUGCGGAACACCAAACUACAUCGCCCCUGAGAUUCUGGAGAAGGGGAAGAAGGGCCAUGAUCACAUGGUCGACAUCUGGAGCUUGGGAAUUAUCAUGUUUGCCAUGUUCACCUCCAAGCCGCCGUUUCAAUCUUCAACCACGGACGAAAUCUACCGCCGAGCCAGGGAGAGGGACUACGAAUGGCCCGCUGCGGAGACUUCGCAGAGAUUCAUCAGCCAAGAAGCUAAGGACCUGGUGGCCACGAUGCUCCAGGAAGCGGAGCGCCGUCCGGACCCCGAUGCCAUCAUCCAACAUCCCUUUUUCACAUCUGGCUAUAUGCCCACAGAAGCGGAGAUGAGCUCACGACUAAGGGAGCUCCCACCAGACCGACAAGAAUUUUAUGCUACACGGAUGAACAGCUCUCUGCAAGCGCAGUCGCUGAGAAACUUCAAGGACAUGUGCCUAGAGUGUGGCAUAGGCCCCUACGCAUCGGAUAAGGUUGUCUACUCUCAGAUCUGGAAGGAGAUGGCUGCAGAGGAGAAGGCUGGUCUUACUCCGUUGAUUCCGCUCGAGGAGGGAAUCUUGUAUAGACCAUUUGAGGAGUGGGUGAGGGAGCAGCAGCUUAGAAAGUCUCGGCUUGCCAUGGCCGUGCCUUCGCACGUAUCCUCGCAGGCGAGCGCUUCGACCGAGGAUCCGCUGUCGGGCAGCCAAAAGACCAGCGGAUCGGCACUCCUUCGUCUGCCACCACAGAGCUUUGCCGCGCAGCAAAGAUCGCAACACAGGCCAGCCAGCUCUAUGGUACCAAAGCAACGGCCCACCGCUGAUCCCACACUGUCUGCAUCGCAGAGCGUGCGAGCGAGACCAAGGAGGGAGGGGUCCCGAGAGAAUGCCUCAAGGGAAGCCAUGGAGUCGUCCAGCAAGAGCCUGCGGAGCUCGAGCAGGACAGCCCUGCCCUCAGUUGGCACAGUCUCUCGUCGAUCUGCAGAGCCUCAGACGUCUGAAAGACCAGUGAUUGAGCGUCGAUCAGCUACACCCCCUGCCCCUGCCCCGGCCGCACCGCCAAAGCGAGACUAUGCGGAAUCUAUGCGACCAGCAACUUUGUUCAGCUCUUCUGAGCGGCAAGACCAAAUCUCAGGCACAAGGCCUGACCUGAUUCUGGAUCGACUACACCGCCUCCAGACAGAGCUGGAACGGGCCCUCAACUCGAGAACCAUGGCCAUCAUCUCAUCCAAGAUGGUCGCACCCCCCCAUCCUCAUGUGGUUGUCAAGUGGGUUGAUUACACCAACAAGUUUGGUCUGGGCUACAUCUUGAACGAUGGUAGCGUCGGAUGCAUUCUUCGAGAUAUCCCCACGACAGAAAAUGGCAAGGGUGCGCUGCUCCCCCCGGCUGGUGUUUUCAUUCGCGGUGCAGAGAGACAUAUUCUACGCAGGGAAGACGAAACAUACGAGGACAGAAGCCAGCCUCUCCCGAUGACUGAACCCAUCAAGUUCUUUGAGAACAACGGAGAGACUGGCCUGUCGGAGGUGAUUGUUUCUCCCGAGCAAUUCCGCGUGGCUGUGAACGAAGAUGGAACGCCUGGCAAGAUGCAGCCGGGCAAGGACAUCUUCCAGCACCGAAAGCGUGAGAGGAUCAUUCUUUGGAAGAAGUUUGCCAACUACAUGAUCGCUUAUGGACGAGACGAUUUUGUGCCGUCUGAAGAGACCGACCCAGUGGGUUCCAUAUCUCCAGGCCAGAAGGGCACGGUGGCAGAGUUGGUGACAUUCUACCAACGAUUCGGAGAUGUUGGGUGCUGGGUCUUCUGUGACGGUCACCUUCAAUUCAACUUCCCGGACCACACCAAGAUUGUCAUCGACGCCACUGGUACCUGGUGCCAUUUCUGGCAUCUCCCCCAGGAUGCUGCAGAGAGACUCGCCAAGACCGGCACCAUUGGCGCAGCAGCACUUGACGACCGAGCCAUGCUGUCGUAUCCCCUUCAGACAUUGUUGAACUUUCAAGCCAAGCCUACAGCUCCUCGAGCUGGACGGACGACUACCACUACUCGGAGGCGGCCCGAGAUCGCCCCUGACCUUCAGGGCAUCCCCGCUGCCAACGAUUUCCGACGAAAGAUUACCUUUAUCAAGGAUGUUGUCAAGGAAUGGGUGACAAAUGGUGGCCUUGGCAACAGCCAAAUGAGCCGAGAGGCUCGUCUUCGAUGGGGCGGGUAUCGUGAGAACAUUAGCUCUCACCUGCCGCAGAAGCACGUAUGGGUUACAGUGGGCGCUCGAUGGGGCGACCAGCGGAUAUCGACCUAUGUUGACGCCCGAAAGCCUUGGGAGUUGGGCGAGGACGUUGAUCCCUCCAAGAAGUGA